UUCUGGGAAUGUUGUCAUAUUAGCCAAUCAGUGCUCGUUUGAUGACGAAGACAAACGGAAUUGGUAUUGCGUCAGCAAAUGCCCUAAUUAACGUUAUUUGCUUUUAAAGUUUUGAGGUUAAUCCGAGUGAACUUGUUUUGCAGUUAGAUUUAGUUAUCUAAAAACGUAGCUUGUGCCUGAAGAUGAGAGAAAUCGUCCAUAUUCAAGCAGGACAGUGUGGAAAUCAAAUUGGUGCCAAGUUUUGGGAAGUAAUUUCGGACGAACAUGGCAUUGAUCCUACUGGAACUUAUCACGGUGAUUCUGACCUUCAACUGGAAAGAAUCAACGUAUACUACAAUGAAGCGACUGGAGGUAAAUAUGUUCCCAGAGCAGUCUUAGUCGAUUUGGAGCCGGGAACUAUGGAUUCGGUGCGUUCUGGGCCUUUUGGACAAAUAUUUAGACCUGAUAAUUUUGUUUUUGGUCAAAGUGGCGCCGGUAACAACUGGGCCAAAGGACAUUACACUGAAGGUGCCGAACUAGUCGACUCGGUUUUAGAUGUCGUACGAAAGGAAUCGGAAAGCUGUGAUUGCCUUCAAGGCUUCCAGCUGACCCAUUCCCUUGGUGGUGGAACAGGUUCUGGUAUGGGUACCUUACUUAUCUCAAAAAUCCGCGAAGAAUAUCCGGACAGAAUAAUGACAACAUUUAGUGUGGUACCUUCACCCAAAGUGUCAGAUACCGUUGUUGAACCAUACAAUGCAACCUUGUCUGUACAUCAACUGGUUGAAAAUACAGAUGAAACAUUCUGUAUUGACAACGAGGCUUUGUAUGAUAUUUGUUUUCGCACUUUGAAGUUGACCACUCCGACCUAUGGUGACUUGAAUCAUUUGGUCUCCGCUACCAUGAGUGGUGUUACAACCUGCUUGCGUUUCCCUGGUCAGUUGAAUGCCGACUUGCGUAAGCUUGCAGUGAACAUGGUUCCGUUCCCUCGACUUCACUUCUUCAUGCCUGGUUUCGCACCUCUCACUAGUCGUGGCUCUCAACAAUAUCGAUCGCUAACUGUCCCUGAACUCACUCAACAAAUGUUUGAUGCAAAGAACAUGAUGGCUGCUUGUGAUCCACGUCAUGGACGCUACCUAACUGUUGCUGCCAUGUUCCGUGGUAGAAUGUCCAUGAAGGAAGUUGAUGAGCAAAUGUUAAAUGUCCAGAACAAGAACAGCUCAUACUUUGUUGAAUGGAUUCCUAACAACGUGAAGACAGCCGUCUGUGAUAUUCCACCAAGAGGUUUAAAGAUGUCUGCCACCUUCAUUGGCAACAGCACUGCUAUCCAAGAAUUGUUCAAGAGAAUCAGCGAACAAUUCACUGCUAUGUUCCGUCGCAAAGCUUUCCUUCAUUGGUACACUGGAGAAGGCAUGGACGAAAUGGAGUUCACAGAGGCUGAGUCCAACAUGAAUGACUUGGUGUCAGAAUAUCAACAAUACCAAGACGCCACAGCCGAAGAAGAAGGUGAAUUCGACGAGGAGGAAGGCGAAGAAGAAGCAGCAUAAAAUUGUUUUUACUCAGAUACAUGAUUGUUUGGAAAAAAAAAUAAAGCAUAAUAUUUCAA